AUGUUCCGCCCUAUCCUCAGACAAUGCGCCCGAAGAGCAAGUGCCGCUCCUCUCCGGCCCCUCGCUGCCCGGAGCUUCGCCUCUGCGACAGGGCCGAGUUUCAAUUGGGAGGAUCCCUUGAACUCCAACAACCUCUUGACUGAGGAGGAGCGAGCCAUUGGCGAGACUGCGGAGCGAUACUGCCAAGAGCAUCUGCUCCCCCGAGUACUACAGGCCUACCGCGACGAGAACUAUGAUGCCAAGAUGCUCGAGGAGAUGGGCGAGCUCGGUCUCUUGGGCGCUACGAUCGAUGGUUACGGCUGCGCAGGUGUCUCAUCCGUCGCUGGCGGUCUGAUUACACGAGCUGUUGAGCGAGUCGAUAGCGGUUACCGAUCCGGCAUGUCAGUCCAGUCCUCGCUGGUCAUGGGCGGCAUCUACGAGCACGGCACCGCCGAGCAGAAGGAGAGGUUCCUCCCCGAGAUGGCCAAGGGAAAGCUCCUCGGCGCCUUUGGCCUCACAGAGCCCAACCAUGGCAGUGACCCCGGCAGUAUGGAGACAGUAGCGAGACCGCAUCCCACAAAGAAGGGCUACUACUUGCUGAGUGGCGCCAAGACCUGGAUCACCAACAGCCCUAUUGCCGAUGUCCUGAUGGUUUGGGCUAAGCUGCAAGAGACGGGCAAGAUCCGGGGUUUCCUGGUUGAGCGCAAGGACUGCCCGGCUGGUACGCUCGAGACGCCCGCCAUUAAGGACAAGAACGGUCUCCGAGCCUCCAUCACGGGUAUGAUCCAGCUCGACGAUUGCCCUGUGCCAGAGGAGAACAUGUUCCCUACCAUCGAAGGCCUCAAGGGACCCUUCAGCUGCCUUAACAAUGCCCGAUACGGUAUUGCACUGGGCGUCAUGGGUGCCCUUGAGGACUGCAUCGACCGAGCCCGAACCUACUCUCUUGAGCGCAAGCAGUUCAAGGGCAACCCUCUCGCCAAGUACCAACUCAUCCAGAAGAAGCUCGCAGAUGCUUCAACCGACGCGGCAUACGGCACACUGGCGGCCAUCCAGGUCGGCCGACUAAAGGACGAGGGCAAGGCGACACCCGAGAUGAUCAGCAUGGUGAAGCGGCAAAACUGCGACGCCGCGCUCAGGAACGCUCGCAUCCUCCAGGAGAUUUUCGGAGGCAACGCUGUAAGCGAUGAGUACAUGAUCGGUCGACAUGUGGCGAAUCUCUUUGUGACGCAGACAUAUGAGGGUCAGAGUGACAUUCACAGUCUCAUUUUGGGACGAGCCAUCACUGGUGUCCAGGCGUUUGUGUAA